AUGGCUUCGCUAAGAACCUCGACGCUGCUCCCGCAGUGUACGUCGUGUAUACGGAGGGUGACGCGGCAAAAUUUGGGGGGUUCGGCGUCGCAGCAGACCCGCAACAUCUCAAAGAAGGCGAAAGAGGCAGAGCGCAACAUUGUCGUGAAGCUACUAAAGGAUGUGCCAAGAUUUGGUCGCGCAGGCUCAUAUGUCCCGCUCAACCCUUCUCUCAUGCGUAACCGAUGGUUCCCCGCACGCGUCGCCGACUAUGUUCCCGCUACCCAGAUGAAGCAGCUCAAGGCGCAGGAUGUGGACAUGGGCCGCGAUUUCUCAUAUGGCGUACGACUGAACCUGGAGGAGGCGGAGGAAGAGGAGGUCGAUUUCAUGAAGCAGCCGAAGCACUAUGUACGGCCGAUUGAAAUCGAUGUGCUCAGCCCUGAGCGAUCCAUGGAGCUCCUCGAUGCAUUUGUACCACCCACGAUCGACUUUUACCGCCAGCGAAUCGAGCAAGACAGCCCAUCGAGCGGGCGCAUGGGUGCGUCUGGUGCAGCAGACAUUUUGACUGCAGCGGCGAUGAGCAAGAAGGCGUCUGCAGAUGCUAUCUACGGCUCUGUCUCAAGCACCGAUCUUGUGGCCACUAUAAAGGGAGCGCUGGCGCACAACGACGAGGCGGCCCGCGUGAUACUGAAUGAGGCAGACGUCAAGUUCCUCUCAGGGCACGAGGAGGGCGACACAUCGCGUGUCAAGCAGCUGGGCAUAUUCAAGGCCGAGAUACGGUUAUCCGGCGUAGAGGAACCUAUUGUGAGGAAUAUCCGGAUCAGAGCGAAGGGAUCGGAAUCAUGA